CGAAGUCGCCCACCUCUUCUUCGUCGCUCUCACCGCCUUCACCAUCCUCUUCUCCACCGACAUCUCCAAUUUGCUCUUGCUUCGCUUCGCCAGCCUCAUCCGCUCCUUCGCCGCCUUCGCCACCUUCACCAGCACCUUCAGUCUCAGCUGCACCAUCUCCAGCCACACCCUUACCAGCGGUAUCGACUUCACCUUCCGCUUCAAAACCUUCCAGAGCGGCAACUUCCUCCUCGUAUGAGCAGUCGCUUCAUCGGAGGUUUAGGUUCGUGCAACUCGUGGAUCAACUUGACCAAUCUGACGACGCGCUCAGGAUCCAGCGUCUUAGAGUACGCGGCCAACUUUAAAGCAUUUAAAAGUGAAACGAGGAAAGUUAUUUUGUGUCCGGAACCAAAAAUGUGUGACUACAUAAUCGCUGAUGAUGUGUUGCUGAAGAAGCAAAGGGAUGUAUUGAGGUUGCUAAAACACGUCCAUCAACCAUCGUAUUUUAAGGAGUUGGAGGUGAUCGCCAAGGAUUUCGAUUUCACCGAUCUGAACCAGUGGACGAAGCCGGAGUAUCCGGAAAAGUUUUGGAAUUAUUACCAAGAAGGUUUGAUCCAGCAGGAUGAAGUUUUCUCCGUGUACAAUCCGACGCAGGUGAAGUAUGCCGAAGCUCUGUUCAAGGUGUUCUUCUACGCGAGGACUUACCACGUGUUCUACAAAGCAGCGGCCUGGGCUCGACAGAAAGUCAAUCCCGGAAUGUUCGUGUACUGUCUCAGCGUUGCCAUCGUUCACGGAAAGCACACCGUCGGCGUAGUUCUUCCUCCGGUUUAUGAAACCGUUCCUCAUUACUUCUUCCCCGACAGAGUGAUCAGAAAUGCUCAGCAACUUAAGCAGCGUUUCCAUGGGGAUGAGAAACAGGUUAAGAGCCACGUGAUCGACGCUAUGUAUUCCGAUUCGUGCAUGAGUUAUUUAACGGAAGACGUCGGAUUCAACUCGUAUUAUUAUUACAAGAACGUUUACAUGCCCUAUUGGUUGGAGGAGGAAUGCAUGAGCUACGAUGGAACGAACAGAGGUGAGUGGUUCCAAUACUACCACAAUCAAAUAUUGGCGCGCUACUAUUUGGAGCGUUUGGCCAAUGGCAAAGGAAGGAUUCCUCAUUUGGACUACAGAGAACCAAUCAAAUCCGCCUUCAAUCCAUCGUUGACCUAUCCGAACGGACAGCCAUUCCCCAAUCGGCAGACCGAAAUCAAACUGCACUUGGCGGAUGAGCAAACCAAAGAUUUCGCUUAUUGCUACAGCAAAGUCGAAGAUUACGAAAGGCGACUUCGCGAUGCCGUAGAUCAAGGCUUCGUGCUCACUCCGAAAGCCAGGUUAGUCAAUUUGUUCGACGAUAAAGGCUUCGAAACGCUGGGGCGAUUAGUGGAAUGCGAUCCGGAAUCUCCGCACAAUCAAUACUACGGAAACGUGCAGAUAUUCGCUCGUCACCUCCUCGGACAAUCCAAAGAAUUCUUACCACCAUCCGCGUUGGGACAUUUCGAAACGUCGCUUCGCGAUCCAAUGUUCUACCAAAUCUACAAGAAACUAAUGCGCAACUUCCACGAACGCAUGAACAAAUUACCUUCAUAUAAACCAGAAGAACUUCUUUUUGAUGGUGUUAAAAUCGAAGACGUAGAAACGGAUCGUUUGGAAACGUUUUUCGACUAUCAUUAUGCAGAUUUAGCGAACGCAGUUACAGUCAACCAGACGGAAUUCGUUGAAGACACUUUUCAGGUCCAAGCUAAGCAAAUGCGUUUCAAUCAUAGACCGUUCAAUUACAGAAUUGUGGUGAAGAGCGAAAUCGCCGAAGAGGCUUUAGUGAAAGUGUUCCUUGGACCGAAAUUCGAUGAGCUCGGAAAGGAAAUUAACAUCAAGGAGAAUUACAUGAACUUCUUCGAACUCGAUCGAUUCAAGUGCAGUUUAAGCGAAGGUUCGAAUACCAUCGAACGAAGAUCUGAUGAAAUCAUGUACUUCAGUCAAGAUCGCACCACUGUUAAGACCUUCACCAAACAAAUUGAAGACGCUUUAGGAGGAAAGGAAUCGUACAAAUCGUACCCUUACUACAAGUUCUACACGUUCCCUCAGAGACUUAUGUUGCCCAAAGGAGAAUCUUCAGGAAAACCGUUCAAACUCUUAGUGGUUUUAACCAAAUAUCACGCACCUGAAGACGAUAGUUUCGCCGAUUUCCUGGUAGACACUCAAUACAGUAUGAACUAUCCGUUCGAUAGACCCAUCAACGUUGAAAGCCACUUCUGGGUUCCUAACUUCCACACCAAAGACGUUCUCAUUUACCACAGCAAAUAAUGUACUCCAUUUAAUAAAACAAUGUAUUGUUAAUAAUAAAUAUAUUACGUAAUAA